UAAUUUCCUACAAUUUGGAUUUUGCUGAUUGCUUCCCCCUGGUGAUCCUCUGUCCCCAGUGUUUUCAGACAAGUGAUAGAUAUGGAGGCUUGAUCAAGUUUAGGGUUUUAUUUGUUUUUAUUUUUUGUUUUGGCUAGAGUACCUCCUAAGGGGUGCUGGGUGCCUCUCUCAGGUUAUGGGGUACUUGGUACUGGGUACAGCAUCAGGGGGCACAUAAUUCUUGGUUGUUUCCUGUGUUGUUAUGUUUGAUCAGUGGGGCUUGGAUGUUGCUUUUCUAUGCCAACAACUGUUUGCAUAAUGGCUUAUUUUAUUUUUAAGGUUUAUUUAUUUAUUUUGAGAGCAAGAGUGAGAGAGAGAGAAAUAUCCUAGGCAGGCUCCACACUGUCAGUGCAGAACCUGAUGCAGGGCUCAAACUCUUGAACCAUGAGAUCAUCACCUGAGCCUAAGUCAGACAUUUAACUGACUGAGCUACCCAGGUGCCCCAGAAUGGCUUAUUUUAGUUGGCUAAAUUUUAAUAUUAACAGUCAUUCUCAUGUAUUAUGAUUUUCAUUCUUGAAACACACACGUGCAUGUAUAUAUGUAUAUAUAUUACAGAGAGUGUGUAUCACAGUUAUUACAAAAAAUAAUGGCUAUUAAAAUCAUUUGGAUGUUAAUGGCUGUAGAGUUUGGAAUGAUGAAAAGAUUAUUGCUGAUGGUUGUCCAACAUUGUGAAUACAUGAAAUGGCACUGAAUUGUACACUUAAAAAUGGUUAAAGUGUUAAGUUUUAUGUAUAUUUUACCAUGAUAAAAACAAAUCAGUUAUAAAUGGAUUGUAAUACAUUGAAUUAAAAAAACAAAACAAAACAAAACCAAUACCAUCAUUCCAUGAGUGAAUAGCAUUCAUGCCCCAAAAAGUAAAACUGAGGUAGAGGGUAGGAGGUAAAGUUCUUAUUUAGCGAAGAAUUGCCAACCAAUAAAGGUUGAAGGCUUGAUUGAAUUAGAAAAAGGAAAAAAAAUCAUUUUGCAACCUGCAGGUAAUAAUGGAUUCGCGCAAGGGUCUCCAGUGGAUGCCAAAACCAUUCAGUGAAAGAUAGUUGGAAUUCCUAUGGUCUCAAAGUAUCUCCUUGUCAAUUACUUACUAAUUACAAAGGAGGAAGAAGGUACCUUUACAAUGAAGGACUCUGCCGCAAUCUGUGAUCCAAUUUAACAUCAUCAGGAAAUGGGACAAGCUAUCAUUGCUGAUGUGAUGUAGUAGGAAGUACCCAGCAUAUGCAUAACUUUUGGAGACUUCUUGCUAACAAUGUUGAAUCUGAAUCUAAUCAUGGAGAAACAGACAAAUUCAGAAAGUAGGACUUUCUGUAAAACCUCUGGUCUGACUUCAAAAAUGUUGGUGUUAUGAAUGAAAAGGCUAGAUUAAAGGAGACCUCCAAAGAGAUGUGACAGCCAAAUGCAGGGCUUGGGCUUGGAUCCAAAAUAAAUAAGCAAAACAGUAAAAUAAGUAAAUGAAAGAAUGCCCAGUUGGCGUAACUCAAUUAAGGAGAAUAUAUUAAGCAAUUCUGUAUUAGUUUACUAGGGCUGCCGUAACAAAGUACCACAGACAGAGUGGCUUAGACAACAGAAAUUUAUUUUCUCACAGAUUUGGAGGCCAGAAGUCCAAGAUCAAGGUGUUGGCAGAGUUGGCAAGGUGAGAGAAGAUUUAGAAUUAGCUCUUUGGCUCCUAGGUGACCUUUUUGACCCUGUGUCUUCACAUGGUCUUCCCAUUGUGUCUGUGUCCUAAUUUGGUUUCUUGUGAGCGUUCACACACUUAUUUUAUUGCAGGUUGAUGUUGACUCUGAGUUUGCGGAUUCCUCUUCUUUCCAUUGCCCACCGUCUCUGUUCCAGAGGUGGUUUUAACCAAGAGAGCAGAUCCAGCUGAGCUUAGAACAAUAUUUUUGAAGAUUAAUAUCCUUUCAAGAAUUCGUAGCAUUUGAAUCUGUCCUGUGUGCCCCGGAUGCUUUGUUCAUGGUGGCUUUUCAGCUAUUUGACAAAGCUGGCAAAGGAGAAGUUACUUUUGAGGACGUUAAGCAAGGUUUUGGACAAACCACAAUUCAUCAACAUAUUCCAUUUAACUGGGAUUCGGAAUUUGUGCAACUACAUUUUGGAAGAGAAAGAAAAAGACACCUGACAUAUGCAGAAUUCACUCAGUUUUUACUGGAAAUACAAUUGGAGCAUGCAAAGCAAGCCUUUAUGCAAAGGGACAAUGCCAGGACUGGAAAAGUUACAGCCAUUGACUUCCGAGACAUCAUGGUUACCAUCCGCCCCCAUGUUUUGACGCCUUUUGUAGAAGAAUGUCUAGUAGCUGCUGCUGGAGGUGCUACGUCCCAUCAAGUUAGUUUCUCCUAUUUUAAUGGAUUUAAUUCACUCCUUAACAACAUGGAACUCAUUAGAAAGAUCUACAGCACUCUGGCUGGCAACAGGAAAGAUGUAGAGGUGACUAAGGAGGAGUUUGUUCUGGCAGCUCAGAAAUUUGGUCAGGUUACACCCAUGGAAGUUGACAUCUUGUUUCAGUUAGCAGAUUUAUAUGAGCCACGGGGACGUAUGACCUUGGCAGACAUUGAACGAAUUGCUCCAUUGGAAGAGGGCACUCUGCCUUUCAACUUGGCUGAGGCCCAGAGGCAGAAGAAGGCCUCCGUCGACUCAUCCCGACCAGUUGUCCUGCAGAUUGCAGAGUCAGCCUACAGGUUUGGUCUGGGUUCCAUUGCUGGAGCUGUCGGAGCCACUGCCGUGUAUCCCAUCGAUCUUGUAAAAACUCGAAUGCAGAACCAACGAUCAACGGGCUCUUUUGUGGGAGAACUUAUGUAUAAAAACAGCUUUGACUGUUUUAAGAAAGUGCUACGCUAUGAAGGCUUCUUUGGACUGUAUAGAGGUCUGUUGCCACAGUUAUUGGGAGUUGCCCCAGAGAAGGCCAUAAAACUUACAGUGAAUGAUUUUGUGAGGGAUAAAUUUAUGCACAAAGAUGGUUCGGUCCCACUUGCAGCAGAAAUCCUUGCUGGAGGCUGUGCAGGAGGCUCCCAGGUGAUUUUCACAAAUCCUUUAGAAAUCGUCAAGAUCCGUUUGCAAGUGGCUGGAGAGAUCACUACUGGUCCCCGAGUCAGUGCCCUGUCUGUCGUAAGGGACCUGGGGUUCUUUGGGAUCUACAAGGGUGCCAAAGCAUGCUUUCUGCGGGACAUUCCUUUCUCAGCCAUCUACUUCCCAUGCUAUGCUCAUGUGAAGGCUUCCUUUGCAAAUGAAGAUGGGCAGAUUAGUCCCGGAAGCUUGCUCUUGGCUGGCGCCAUAGCUGGUAUGCCGGCGGCAUCUUUAGUGACCCCUGCUGAUGUUAUCAAGACGCGAUUACAGGUGGCCGCCAGGGCUGGCCAAACCACUUACAGCGGGGUGAUGGACUGCUUUAGGAAGAUACUGCGGGAAGAAGGCCCAAAAGCUCUGUGGAAAGGAGCUGGUGCUCGUGUGUUUCGAUCCUCACCCCAGUUUGGUGUAACUUUGCUGACGUACGAAUUGCUGCAGCGAUGGUUCUACAUUGAUUUUGGAGGCGUGAAACCCAUAGGAUCGGAACCGGUUCCUAAAUCCAGGAUCGUACUGCCCGCUCCCAAUCCUGAUCACGUUGGAGGCUACAGACUGGCCGUUGCAACGUUUGCAGGGAUCGAAAACAAAUUUGGACUGUACCUACCUCUCUUCAAGCCGUCCACAUCUGCGGCAGAGGUCACCGGUGGAGGCCCGUAGUGGGAGCAGCCCCAGGGUGCGGCUGCAGCUCUGUCCACUGUGGUAGAGAACACCUCACCUCCGAUGGAAACAGUGUUUGCCUCCUUUCAUUUCCAUCUCUUGUUUAAAUUCGAGUCUUUUUAUAAGGUGGAAUCAUUCAUUUUCUGUGUGCUUUCUUAACCAGAGCGUUGUGAAAUUACUCCUAAUUAUUCUUUGGGCCUCUGCUCACACAUCUCUGUUUAUAGCUGACAUUUACUGGGAUUUGGUCAACACUAACAUGAUUUGGGGAGAAGGAGCAAGUCUGAAUAGAAACUAGUGCUGCUCUCCUCAGAUUAGGAUUAUAGUCCCAAAGAGACUACUGAAUGGCGAUCAUGGUGCUCAGAGCAAAGUGCUUCAUGCAUGUUUAAGCUGGUAGGAAGCUGGGUACAUAUUUAUCACAAUAAAAAAACACUGGAAGAAAUGAAAACAAAAUUAUCAGAAAUAGCCAGCCUGGCUUCAGAUUUUAAACAUGUACGAAUUCUGUUCAUGGAUUAUAUUAUGAAGAUUUUAUGUGAAACCAUUUUUUUUUUUUUUUUUUUUUUGGUGUCACGAAAACCACAUUGAAGAUAUCAUACUCUGUUAGUGGUACCAAGACUUCUCAGACAGAUGUCUUUGUAGUCAGGGAAGUCCUUUUGGUAUUUUAUUCUAUAGACAGAGAAACUAUAAGACGCAGUACCUCUCCUGGAUGUGCUGAUUUGGGGCAAGUUCUCAUAUGAUGCAGUGUGAUGAUCACUGCCUAUUUCAGGAAACAUUGCAGGGAAGGGCACAUCCCUCAUACUCAUACCUACUUUACUGCCCCCAUCCCCUGCCCCCAGCAGUCGACACCUGUUUGCUUUCAAAAUCCCACUUGUCUUGAAUCAUGUGUAAGACAAAUAUAUUCUAAUACACGUUUUUAUUUAAUUUGUGGUGCCUUGCAUCAUGGUCAGAAGGCUCAAGCAUUUGUGAAGGAGGAAAUAAACUAUUUUUAAAGCUA